UGGGUCACGCGACCUGCGCGCUGGCGACAUUCCUGGCUGAGAAAUUUUGUGGCGGGAGGUUCGGUCGUGUCGGCGACUUUCGGACGCGUUUACUCAAGAUUUGAAUAGAUUUUCGCGGAAAGUAUCGACGGACUGAAAGAAUGGUCGUACUCCGAGCUAAGUGUAUCGUGGCAGGUGAUUCGACAGUGGGGAAAAGCGCGCUAGUUCAGACGUUCCACAGUGAUGGGUCCCACUUCCCCAAGAGUUACACCAUGACAGAAGGUGUGGAGGUGUGUGUGAAGUCUGUCAUCAUCCCCGACACCAACGACACCGUGGAGCUGCUGAUCUUCGACUCUGCGGGGAAGGAGAUCUUCUACGACCACGUGAAGAAGAACUGGGACCACCCGUCUGUCGUGUGCCUAGUGUUCGACCUCACCAGCGAACCAUCGUUUCACAGUUGCUCCAAAUGGCUGGAAAGGAUUCGCUCCCAGAAGCCAGAAAUUGUUCUACCCGGCGUCCUGAUUGGCAACAAACUCGACCUAGAGCAGCGGAGAACGGUCACGCCGAAGUUCCCCACGGAAUUCGCCUCUUCCCACGGUCUGGAGUACUUUGAGUGCUCGGCCAAGGAACAACAGAACGUAGAGGCUCCGUUUUACUACCUAGCACAAGAGUUUUACAAAAUGUAUCAGAUGAAAGCUGAGGCUAUCUCAAGCAUGGCAAUGUAAACUGUUUUAGAGACUAGAUUUGUACAGUUACAUUCUGAGUCAAAUCAGAAAAUAAUUCAAAUUGAUGAAAUAGUACAAAGGAGAAAAGUUGAAACUUUCAAAUUGAAAUCUUAUUGUAUAUUUGUGUGCAAAAAUUUAGUUAGGAAGAAAUGUCAUGAUACUUAAAAAAGUGCUUUGCAGAUACUUUUGUGCACGUGGUACAUGUAGAAGUCUAGCCUCUACUUGGCAUGAAGAAGUUUGAACACUAACAUUCCACUUUCAAUGUGUAAAUAUUCUUGAUAAGAUUAAAGAUGAUAAUACUCUUGCA